AUGUCAUUGGGUCGGGCACUUCACACAGCAUCCACCUUACCAAAUGGGCAGGUGUUAAUUGCAGGUGGAUUUAAUGUUAAUCCUCUUAAUGCCGCUGAAUUGUAUAAUCCAUCGACGGGCAAUUGGACAACGACAGCAAGUAUGUAUAUUGCACGGCAAAAUUUUGCGGCAGUCGUCUUACCAAAUGGGAAAGUUUUAGUGGCAGGUGGACAUAAUGGCACUGCUUGUUCAAACACUGCAGAAUUAUAUCAAUAA